UUUGAAGUAGCUCCAUUCAUUUCUUCAAGGCAUUUCUUUUAACAAUUCAGCUGGGGAGAGAGUGUUCCUCAAUGAGAAAGGGGAAACAACAGGUGGGUUCGACAUCACCAACAUGAUCACUUUUCCAAACAGAUCCUUUCAGAGAGUUAGAGUUGGAAGGAUAGAUCCCAGUGCUCCAAAAGGGAAAGAAUUAUUUAUUGAUGAAGAUGUGAUUGUCUGGCACCCAGCUUUUAACCAGGUACUUCCAAUUUCUCUGUGUAAUGAUGGUUGCUCCCCCGGAUACUGGAAGAAAGGAAUGGAAGGAAGACAGUUCUGUUGCUACAACUGUGUGCCAUGUCCAGAAGGGAAGAUUUCAAAUCAAAAGGAUAUGGAUGACUGUUUUGAAUGUUCUCAAGAUCAUUAUCCAAAUAAAGAAAAGAAAGGCUGUAUCCUGAAACUGCUGGUCUUUUUAGCUUUUCCAGAAAGCUUAGGAAUUGGCUUAGCCUCAGCAGCUCUUUGUUUUUUCUUGUUAACAUCUUGGGUACUUGGAAUUUGUAUUAAGCACAGGGAUACUCCCAUUGUGAAAGCCAACAACCAGUCCCUCACCUACACCCUGCUUGUCUCUCUUCAAAUCUGUUUUCUCUCCUCUUUGCUCUUCCUCAGCCAACCUUGCAAAGUGACCUGCCUUCUCAGACAAUCAACUUUUGGCAUCACCUUCUCAGUGGCCAUUUCUAGUGUACUGGCCAAAACCAUCACUGUGGUUGUGGCUUUCAUGGCCACUAAACCAGGAUCUCAGAUGAGAAAAUGGGUGGGAAAAAAAUUGGCCUUUUCUAUUGUCCUUUUCUGCUCCCUCUUCCAAGUAUGUGUUUGUAUACUUUGGUUGUCAACAUCUCCCCCAUUCCCUGAGUUGGACAUGCACUCAGAGCUCCAAGAAAUGAUUUUACAGUGCAAUGAGGGGUCAGCUUUCUUCUUCUACUGUGUCUUGGGCUACAUGGGUAUCUUGGCCAUCGCCAGCUUUAUUGUAGCUUUUCUUGCCCGUAAAUUACCUGACAGCUUUAAUGAAGCCAAGUUCAUCACCUUCAGCAUGUUGGCCUUCUGCAGUGUGUGGAUCUCCUUCUUUCCAGCCUAUCUGAGCACAAAGGGAAAAGCCAUGGUAGCUGUGGAGGUCUUCUCCAUCUUGGCCUCCAGUGCUGCAUUACUGGGAUGCAUAUUCUUGCCAAAAUGCUACAUCAUUGUUUUGCGGCCUAAACUCAACCACCGGGAGCAACUCAUAAAGAGAAAAUAGUACCCAAUGUUGUCUUUCUUCCUAGUAAAAAAUGCUGAUAACAAAAAAAAUAAAAGGACCAUUUGCUAUUUACAGAAACCAUGUAGUUUUGAUUUUGGCCUAAGGGGAUAUAUGUCGGUUUAACCACAGGGAGCAACUCACAAAGACAAAAUAGGACCCCAUAUGAUCUCUCUUGCUAAGAAAAAAUGCUGACAAGGACCAUUUGCUGUCUGCAGGAACCAUGUAGUUUGAUUUUUUGCCAAAGAAGGAUUUAUGGGGGAUUAUUUUUACCAUGGUUUGUCACAUGGUUAGAUGUUCAAACUGGCUUUGGCAAUUUGUUCCCCAUAUCAAAUCCUUCCCAAUGGCAGAUGUGGAUGUUUGGUGGUAUUUAAAUGCAUCAUUGCAGGGUGUAAGCUUUUCUGAAUAAAAUUGUCUUUUGCAAUUGA